AGCUGCCCCUACCACGGGGUGCGGAUGUGGGAGCCGAACGAGGUCACGCCGCGGCUGUUCCUCAUCCCGGCUGCCCUCGUGCUGCUGCCCCUGCAGCCCCCAAGGAUCGCCCCCGUGGCCACCCACCAGCUUGGCUCCGCCCCGGCGUUGGCGCCCCCCUGCGCCGAGCUGCCGCCCCUGCGCCUGCUGCAGGAUAGCUUCGAGGAGCUCCGCGGGCGCGCCGAGGCACCCAAGCGCGACGGCAUGCUGGUCGUGGACGUGCUGCGACUGGGCCCGUGCAUGAGCGCAGACCCAGUGACCCCUGCGCUGCUGGGCGCGCGGGGGCCUGGGCGCCGUGCUGGGCAGGACGAGCUCGGCUCCGACAUCGUCGAGUGUGUUCGCCACGUUCUGGAUGAGAGGGCCAGGCCACUUCAGACCACGUCGGCGUCGUCUUCGGCCCUCGACGUUGACCGCUGGAAGUUCAUGCGGUCUCUUCGCUUGGCGGCGGCCGCCGCGGCGCCCCUGGACAGGCGUGUACUUUGUGGCCGGGUGGCCUUCUCGAAGUCGGCGCAGGCGGCGAGCGGCCCCAUGUGUUGCAAGUUGUGCGCGGACGACGAGGUGCGCGAGAGGCUGGGCAUUCGCCGCGGCCUGCGCCGCCAGGAGGCUGCUUCUUACAGGUACCGCAUGAAGAUGCUCUUCAGCAGCGCCAAGGCCAAGGAGAGGUCUGACAAGUGGUCGGGCGCCGAGGCUUCGAUCGACGAGUCCGCCAUCGGCUUCGCCGUGCACGGCGUUUUCGGCCAUGCCUACAGGAAGGUGUUGGAGGUGAGGGGUCAGCAGGCCCCGAAGGUGAGAUCGCGAGGUGGGCUGGCUGCCAACGUGCGCGACGUCACUGCGGUGCGCCCACGGGUCUUCUUGGAUGCGCUGCCCAUCUGCGACGUCGGCCCAUCUGAUGUGGGAGGGGGACUUCAUGGGGGCGACGACGCCGACGGCGGUGGCUCCAGGGCUCAGGAGAACGCCGCCCGAAGACAGAGGGCAGGUUGUUGGUCGGAGAAGUUUCCGCUUGGCUUGCAGAUCCUCGCGAGGUCAGCGACGCAGUGCUUGGAGGGGGCUGCCGAUUUGAAUUUCCCCCGUCAUUUUGUGCAGCGGGGGCAGGCGGAGCAGGCGAAAGCCGCGGGAGCGUUGGCGAGGGGAAGUAGAGACAUGACGAUCAGGGAGUUCCCAGUCCAGCCCAUCGCCCGCGGUGGUGGACCGUCGCAGGCGGCAGCUGCAGUCCGUCGGGUGACGCGGAGCGCGUCGAUCGUUGAGGCGACGUUGAGGGAUGUUGAGUUUUCGGAAUUACGCAAGUAUCCAGAUGAUAUUGGGGUGCGCGCAGUGGACCAGUAUGCUACAGCAGGUGGGCAGCGCGGUGGGAUCGCGGCCCACUGGGCCGCCGUGCCGCUAUCCGGUAAGAUGACGCGCUUCGAGCCGUCGGUUGACAUGCGCGAGGUUGUCGGCGCCGCUCUUGGCUGGGCGAGCGCGCAAGCGAAAGCAACGUCGAUAUGCGCGGCGCUCGAGGCACAGUGGGUCAGCACGUGCAGCGCAGCAUUGGACUCCCAGGGGGUGAAGCUUGGGGACCCCAGGCGGGUCUAUGCGCAGGUCGUCGGGGAGAGGCGCGUGACGCCGCCCAAGGCGCUGAGGGCGUUGGGCGACAGGCCGCGCGGCCCCCGCCGCGGGCAGAUGGCCGCUGCCGCGGUGGACGCGGCCGCGGUGGAGUUGGGGGCAGAGGCGGAGGCGCAUUGGAGGAUGCGAAAGAUGCAUUGCCCAUCGCUGGCGCGUUCGACGGCGAUGGCCUUGCAGGGGGCCGUGACGACGGCGUUGCCGGCGGUGGUGGGAUUGACCGCUUGGUGGUGGAGUUGCUGGAGAGUAGCGGGCAGAUCGACGGCGACCCCGCAGUCGUCCGCCAUGGCCCAGGCGGAGACGGUGCUGACGGACAUGACGGUGUCGCUACGGUUCCUGCAGGUGGCGACGGAGGGGCAGACCCCGUUCCAGCCCCAGCCGAGCCCGCUUCACUUCCACCUGAGCUUGGUGCCCCCCAGGCGAAGACCGUGGCCGCCGACGCAACGGUCAGGAUUCAUGGGGGCAGGCAGUGUUUUUUCCCAGUACUCGAAUUUCGAGACGGUGUGUCCUAACCGAGCCCAUGGCAGGUGCAUCGUGCGACGGACUCCCAACAAGAAUUUUGAUGGGCCUGAUGGGACCGCCAGGGCAGGCCGACCCGUGGGUUUCCUGGCGGGGUGGCUCAGCCUGGCGCACGACGCGGGCAGCAGAGCUGAUCAUAAGGACAAGGCCGACUUGCAGGAUAAGUUGGGCCCGCUGGCUGUCCGCGAGGCCCAGAGGGGCCUGGUGUCCUUGCAGGGGGACGGCAAGGACGAUGGCGUUGAGUGGGCGUUGUGCAAGGCGGCGAAGGGCAAGCACAAGGUUCAAUUAGAGGAUGCUUGCACGCGUUGCUGGCUGGCUGCCCAGGCCGUCAGCGGCGACGGCGACGUGGGGGCCAUCAAGGGCAUGUGCAAGGUUGGCGAGGAGCGCGCGGUUGCGAGCGUCACCGAUGCGUCUGCCACCUUGAAGAGGGGGCUUUCGACGUUCGCCACCGUGGCAGUCCCGGACGUCACCGAGAUCGCUUUCGACUUUGCCAGGCCAGCACCCGACCCAUCGGGCUGUGGCUCGACUGGUCAGUUAGGCGGCGCCGCCAAUGGGGGCAAGCUGGGGCCCUCGCGCCUUGCCGGGAAGAUCACGAUGGCCACGAACGUUCUGGAGUCCGCGAAGCAAAUCUACAAGACGCAGGGCCAGGACGCGGUCAUCAGAUCGCUCGAGGGGCCCGUGGAAGGUAAAGGUUUGUUUGCCCUCGCGGCCGAGCUAGACGGCAGGCAAGGGCAGGGCUUGCAGACGUGCGCGGGCUUCUUGGAGAGAGAGAAGGGCGAGAAGCCCAAGUCGGACGACGACGGCGUGCAGCCAGUAGACUUGAUGAACAUUGGUGGUGAUCCUGAUGAGCUUCUGGUUGGAGUUGCUGCAUCCAUGCCUCCACCUUCCUCGGCGCCUAAGCGGACCUCGACGGGGGACUUCAGGGCGCCGUCCAAGCCGAUAUCUGCGGGACAUACAAGCGGCGGCAGUGGGGGCUGUACAGGGGAGACAUCCAGCGACGGCGCCAGCUCCAUGUAUACGGGGAUGGACGACGGGGGCGAUGUUGUUUGCGCCGGUCUCCCGCAGAAGUGGAAGGACCACGUUCCUUUGGCCGACGUCAUGGCUGGGACGGUUGACGGCCGCGCAGUCUCUAGGCUGCUGACGAAGAUCAAGAGGCUCGCAGCCAACGAGAUUACCAAGUCGGACGCCGCGGACCUGUCAGUCUUCGAGGGGCUCGCGCAGGCGGCUGAGGGCCUUCGAGCUGAAGACCUGCAAGCGAAGUCGUGGGAUGAUGCGCUGGAGCUGGUCGCUCAGGUCGUGGAGGAUCGUGACCACCACAUCUGCAGGGCCAUCUCCGAGGGUUGUGAAUCUGCCUCGGUGAUCGGACAGAUCCUGAAUGCUUGCCUUCUUAUCUUCGAGGGUGUGGGCUACCUCGUGUCGUCUGACUUCGUUGUUGAGUUUUCCCUUGGCUUCGUGGACGUCGCAAGGGUGCUCGGACACAUCGCGCAGCCGGCUGCGAGCGCGACCAUUUUGGAUAUCUCGGAGGAGAUCGAGCGGUUCUGCCAGUACGAGCAGCUGCCUGCCAUCAAGGCUGCCAAGGACCUCUUGAGCAAGGGCCACGGCGAAUGUACAUGGAAAGACCUGAGUAGCGCGCGCGAGAAGCUCGCGAUGUGGUCUGCGGGGAUGCCUGCCGAGACAAAGUCUAUGGGCGCCGACUUGAAGCGCGCAGUCGUUGACAAGAUCAACGAGUUCGUCGAUACCGAUUGGGCGAAGGCCCCCAUCCCCUCAAUGGAGGAGCUGAACAUGGUGAGCUCAUUGGUGACCGAGGCAAACGUGGCGUUCCCCAUGGAUAGCGAGGUGAACGAGCUUCAGCGGAAGUUCGCAGUGGUGCUUCAGCAUGCUGACAUAGUGGACCGCCGCGGGAACCUCCUCAGCAUGCGUGCCUUACUGGUGCCAGACUGGAAGCAAGGGGACUCCGUCUCCGAGAUCAAUUUCGAGCAGUUCGACCAGGUGGUGACUGCCAUUGCCGACGCGUGCGCGCACUCGGAGGGGGUUUCCUUGAAGGAGAAGGCAGAGGUCGUUGCAGUGGCGUGUUCUUUACUGAAGCAGCGCUUGGCGAUCAAGGCCAUUGGCGAGGCUGCGGGCGUCGUCAAGUCGGAGGGUGGCCGGGGCAUGAUGCUCGCGCUGGGGUCGAGGGCUGUGCAGGCCAUGAAGACCAUCGAGUUGGGCCAGGUGGAGUACCUCGAUUUAGAUGCGCGGGCUGAGUUCGAAAGCAACGUCGACUGGGCCUCGGGUUUCAGCUCGCAGGUUGGCACUGAGUACGUUCGUGACAAGAAGAUGGCCUUGGGGACGACGUGCAAAGAGCUGGCCAUCGCGCAGUGUGGGACAUUGUCAGGAAAACCGUGGUCCGAGGAGAUCGUUGGCCAAACGACGCUCAUCCAGCUGUCCGACAUCAUGAAGAAGGCGACCAAGGGGAUGCAGUGGAACGCCCUGGCUGGCGAAGCUUCGAUCGCGAUGAAGAUGACGAGCGAGAAGAAUGCCGACCUCUUGAGGACUGCCCUGAUCUCCGAGAUCAAGGAAUUGAGGACGAAGCGGACGGGCGGCGCCAAGGAGGGCGAGGCGUUGCACCCCGAGAGCCACGCCCCGACGCAGAAGUUCUGGAGACGCCCCGACGAGCGCGCGCGGAAGGCCCAGAGCGCACGGGGCGAGGCGAAGACCUGGCAGGCCGAGGCGAAGACCGCCUGGAAGGGGGCCAGGAGCUGGAAGCUCGGCUUCCUUCAGGCGAAGGUGGACCUGUGCGAGAACCUGGUGCGCGACAAGGUGAAUGUGUACUUCCCCUUUGACAUCUACAACGGGGGCUUUGAUUAUUCUUUGCAACGCGCGAGCGUGACUGCGAAAGACACCGAGGCGCACUUUCGGAAGCUGGAGAAGAACCGGGAGUGCCAAGCCAAAAAGAAGCUUCAAUCUUACUUCCAACAACCUCGGACCAAGCACCUGGUGGCGACCUUCCGCCGCGCGGCCCUCGAGAAGGUCCGCGCGGCGGUCCGCGAAGCGACGGGGAGACGCCCCGACGCGCGCGCGCGGAAGGCCCGGAGCGCACGGGGCGAGGCGAAGACCUGGCAGGCCGAGGCGAAGACCGCCUGGAAGGGGGCCAGGAGCUGGAAGCUCGGCUUCCUUCAGGCGAAGGUGGACCUGUGCGAGAACCUGGUGCGCGACAAGGUGAAUGUGUACUUCCCCUUUGACAUCUACAACGAGGGCUUUGAUUAUUCUUUGCAGCGCGCGAACAUGACUGGUGAUCUCGCACAAACGCAUGCGCAGGUGGAAGUGCCCAUUCCACUCUACCAAGGCAAAGACGGCGUGGGCUAUUUCCUUCAGCACAUGAUCACUGAUAGCGCCAUCGUGCAUACGCCGACACAAGCGAAAUUGUCUCAACCGUUUCUCCAACGCCACGAUGCGGCAUGUUCGUUCCAGCGCGUGAACAUAGCGGGUGCCGUGGCAUCUAUGACCAACGCCACGUUGCAUGAUCAGGAGCGUGUGCAGUGUAUUCUGUUUGCAAAGACAUCCUACACACUCUCGUUGCGCAUGUGGCAUCUGUCAAUGCGGUCUGCGAUCGCGGUGCUUUCGCAGCUCUCUUGCGCGCUUGUCGCGCGCGGGUUACUUUGGAAGGGCAAGGAUAUCACUUACGCGAAGAGGAAGUAUGCAGACGCUAUUUUCCUGAUUGGGUUUCUGCUCGGCGACAUGGCGGUGGGACUCUACCAGGCAGUCGAAGCCGAAGGCCGCGCGCGCAGCUUCAACGUUGACCAGCCGCGCGCGCCAGACGAUUUCGUCAGUGAUAACAACAUGGCAGGUGACUUUGAUGAACAUGGUUUGGUGCACGUGGAGGCGAAGUGGGUCGCGACAGAGGAGUGCUUCGAAGAGGUCCAAGGAUGUCAGGAGCACGUCCACGCCAUCGCAGCGCAUGACACGCACUACGACACUGACGUUCAUCUGAUGGCGGCGCUGCAGCCUGACGUCUACGUGGCCGACUACUUCACCGACAGCUUCGCAGACGUGGCGUCUUUCGUCGGCGUCUACUCGCAGUCCGACGGUUUCCUCCAUCUGAUGCCGCUUACGCAGGGGCGAAUGAAGGCGGGCUCCGCGGCGCUGGCACUAGCCGACGCAAGCGCUGGAGGCGACGGCGAAGUUGUCGUGGUUGUGGAGAAUGGAACCACGCCCGCCGUGACACUGUUCCCGCCUUUGUUGCAACGAGAGAGUGGGUUGCCCCCAGUGGCCGUUGAUGCCGCAGCUCCAGCUGGGAGCGCGCCCCAAUGGGUGUGCGCUGGCGUGCCCGUCGUCCAACUCCGCAUCGGCGCCGACGAAGACGUCGUCCGCGUUACCAGUGCCGCGGCCUACAGCCCGCCUCCGAUACCAGAAGGCCACACUUUUCAUUGGAGAGACGUCGGAGGGCACGUGGUCGGAGCGGUCAGCUUGGAACCUGGUUCAUAUGCCGUCGUGAAAGGUUUGGGCGAACAACUUUUCAUAACCAUUCUUACGUCUCCCUGUCCAAUGGGCCGAGCUGCUGGCCAUGCUGGGCUGGCGUGCGAGGAGGCUGUAGCACUUGCGGGGGAGAUCCGACUGGGUGCUGGUGGCGUUGUGGAAUCUUGGAAUAUCGUCUCGGGCACGUACCAAAUUCCGCACUCGCACGCUGCCCAGUCGGGGAUGCCCCUGGGCUUGCACUGGCAGUUCGUCGACGCUGCCGACGUUUGCAAGCUAGAGGACGAGGUUCAUUGUUCUCAAGCUGGAAACCAGUUCACGCCAGACGAGAACAAAGUCAACGUGUCGGGCAGAUGCUUCCUGGAAGGCCCAUCGCUAGAGCCCUUCCUGGAGGGCCAAGAAGCUCGAUACGCCUACGUGCGCUACUUCAUGCCGCCGCGGCGGAUGAAGCAUUCCAGGGGGGUCAUGCUGACAAGCCUGAUCAACGCCAACGACCGCAUCAAGGAAGACACCUUCGCAUUCGUCAAACGCAUGGCAAACGGUGGUUUGCAAGUUCCGUUGUGCGAUACCGUGCCUUGGGACUACGUGCCAGGCAACCAGCCGAACGGCAGCCGCCCGCCCGCUGGCCCCAGUGCUGAGGAGAGAUUGGUCCGCGCGGACACGUUCGUCAGCGCCGAUGCCAUCGACGACGCCUUCGUCGGUUGUUGGGACAAAAGCAUUGACAACCUUGCUUUCACUUACCACGAGAACGACGUGGACGCGGGUACGCUGACGGAGCGGGUGAACAUUGCUUCGCUGAAAGCCCACGCAUUGGCUGGCCGUGACCGCAGACCAGACAUGCUGAGCAAGUACAUCGAACGGUGCAUGAAGGAAUGCGUUGCCAGUGGGGACUACGCCGAUCUACAAGUGAUGCACUAUCGGGCAUUCGUCAGCGACUACCUCCAGGUAGACCUCUCCGAAGCUAAGAAGAUGAUUUCACUGAUCUUCGGCGUAGGAAAGCCCGCCAGCGACAUCCCAUUCGCGUGGUCGCUCGCCGUCGACGCGGCGCAGGCCAAAGACAUCGUUCUAGGAUAUGGUGGUUUUCAGCACUUUCGCCGCAAAUUUGGCGCGAGGCGAAGGCCAGCCGCGACCAGAUUGUUCUAUGCUUCGUCCGCGCGCGAGGGCAAAGUGAUGGGAGUCAUGCGUCAGCGCAGUGGCCAGCAGAACUGGAUCGUCGCGUGCUCCACCUUCGAUGAGCUCAUUGUAUCAACGUGUGCACUUGUAUUCCGCGUAGACGAAGUCUUCGGCGACCUCCAGGAGGACUGCGGGGUGAAGCCCACGGUGGCAAAGGCGUCGCCAGUGCGCCCGCUGCUCGGAGAACUGCUGCUGGCUUCAGGUGGCGCAGCGCGCGGCGCAGAGCUUCCGCCCCCCGUGGCGCCCGACGUGCUUGGCGCAUACCUGUGCCAUUCCGUGCAACACUUGAAGCAGCACUCACCGCAGGCGCGGCCGCCGUGCCGCGGGCCUCGCACUGUGCGCGAGUUCAACGAGCACUGGGGCCACGAUUCGCAACGUGAAGACCAGGUUCUGUGUCUGCAAGAGUGUCGCGGCACGAUCCGCGACGCCGUCCAGGCUCACUCGCAACUGGUGUGUUGGCAACCGUACGGGGGCACCGUCGGGCACUUUAUGGCCGCCGGGGUGCGCGAGGAGCAGGUUUGCAUUUUGGACUCGGCGCUCGGCGCUAUCAUCCGCACGUCCACCAGCAAGCUCACGUCGGCCGCUUCGCAUAUCGGCGGCGUAGUUUUCUUCGCGGUCAUCGAAGCCAAUGUAUGGUCUCUUCCAGACAUGGAAACCGCAUCAUAUUAUUUGCAGGGCUGCGGUCCGUUCGAAUCAGAGUCAGGGGCGUGCGAUCUUGUUGUGCGCGCCCGACAAGAUGCACUUGCCUGCCCGCUGCUGGACAGCCCUGCUCUGGGCAAUCAGCAGUCGAUGAGUGCGCGUUGCAGCAACGACCGCAAGAUGCCCGGCAUCCUUGUAGACCAGGAGCCCUCGCGCAUUUCGGAGGAAGCGGCCCGCUGCCCCAGCAGCUGCGACGUUGAGCUCAAGAACACUUGCGUUGCCGAAGCACUUCGUGGCGUUGGGUUUGCAGCAUCGCGCGCGCGGAGCGGCCCGCUGUGGGCGGCCCAGGACGGCAAUGACAUGCUCCGCUCGCUUGGCUUCCAGGUGCGUCUCGCCCCGCCGUCGCGCGUGCGUGGCGGUGGGCGCUUCUUGGUCGACGACGGGAACGGCCGCGCCUACGGGUUGCGCAUUGGCGAUUACACCGUCGCCAGUUUCCGCGACGGCAGGCCAGACCUGAUUACGUCGGCGAACGCCGAGCAGAUAAUCGCGGGGGCAGAGACUGGGAGACGGAAGAUCUUCAUGAUUACUGAAUUCGGCGGUUCCCCUUGCGGCUCUGAGGGCGCUAGCGGCGCGGCCGACGGCUUCGGCGAGCUGAGCGGGUACGCCGUCUUCGCUGGCGACGUCCAGAACGUCGCCGGAAACCACGACAUUGAGAUCGCCAG